UUGUUGCUUUAUUUGCAGCUCAAGAAAGAAGAAACCACACCGCCAACAUCAGAGCUGAGCCAUGGGGGUCCCUGGAGGCGGCACUGGCAGCAGCCGCGGCAGGGUGGUCGCCGCUGCUGCCUCGCUCGUGUUGCUUAUUCAGCUCAGCUCUUGCUGCGCUUCUCCGGCGGCGGCCGCGGCGACCGGAGGCGGAGGGGAGCAGCAGGGUGCCAAGUACAAGGACCCGAGGCAGCCGCUGAACGCGCGGGUCGAGGACCUGCUGCGGCGGAUGACGCUUGCCGAGAAGAUCGGGCAGAUGUCGCAGAUCGACCAGGAGAACGCCACCGCCGGCGUCAUCAGCAACUACUUCAUAGGGAGCGUGCUGAGGGGCGGCGGCAGCGUGCCGGCGGCGGACGCCCCGCCGGAGGCGUGGGUGGAGAUGGUGGAGACGAUACAGAGCGCGGCGGUGUCGACGCGCCUGGGGAUCCCCGCCAUGUUCGGCAUCGACGCCAUCCACGGCCACGGCUACGUCUACAAGGCCACCGUCUUUCCGCACAACGUCGGCCUCGGUUACACCAGAGACCCCGAGCUGGCAAAGAAGAUUGGAGCAGCAGUUGCACUUGAGGUCAGGGCCACCGGAAUCCCCUUCAUAUUCGCUCCAUGCCUGGCGGUGUGCAGAGAUCCGAGGUGGGGACGGUGCUAUGAGAGUUUCAGCGAGGACUCCAAGCUGGUGCAGCAGAUGACCUCCAUCAUCUCAGGCUUCCAAGGAGAAAUCCCAGCGAGCAGCCGGCUAGGCGCCCCGUUCAUCGCCGGCCAGCGCAACGUGGCUGCGUGCGCGAAGCACUACGUCGGCGACGGUGGCACCACCAGGGGGAUCAACGAGAACAACACGGUGGCCACCUUCCACCAGCUGCUUGGCAUCCACAUGCCGCCCUACUACAGCGCCGUCAUCCAGGGCGUCUCCACCAUCAUGGUCUCGUACUCGAGCUGGAACGGGGUCAAGAUGCACGCCAACCGCUUCCUUGUCACCGACUUCCUCAAGAACAAGCUCCGAUUUAGGGGUUUUGUGAUCUCCGAUUGGCUAGGACUUGAUAGGAUCACAAGCCCAGAGCAUGCUGACUACCCUCUGUCCGUGAAGCUGGGCAUUCUUGCUGGCAUUGACAUGGUCAUGAUUCCAUACCAGUACAAGGAGUUCAGGGACGACCUCACCUUGCUGGUGCAGAACGGGACCAUCCCGAUGAGCCGGAUCGACGACGCCGUCCGCCGGAUCCUCCGCGUCAAGUUCACCUUGGGCCUCUUCGAGAAUCCCUACGCCGACACCAGCCUCGCCGGCGAGCUCGGGAAGCAGGAGCACCACGACCUGGCGCGGGAGGCCGUGCGCAAGUCCCUCGUCCUGCUCAAGAACGGCAAGCCCGGCGACGAGCCGCUCCUGCCGUUGCCCAAGAAGACCCACGGCAGCAUCCUCGUCGCCGGCAGCCACGCCGACGACCUCGGCCGCCAGUGCGGCGGCUGGACCAUCAAGUGGCAGGGCCUCACGGGGAACAACCUCACCGCCGGGACCACCAUCCUCGACGGCAUCAAGCGCGCCGUAGGGCCCGCGGGCACCGACGUCGUCUACUCCGAGAGCCCCGACGCCGGCUUCAUCCAGCGGAACAAGGCUCGGUUCGACUACGCCGUCGUCGUCGUGGGCGAGCAUCCCUACGCCGAGACGGCAGGCGACAACCUGAACCUGACUAUCCCGGCGCCCGGGCCCGGCGUCAUCCGGAACGUGUGCGGCGGCAUCAGGUGCGUCGUGGUGCUCGUGUCCGGGCGGCCGCUGGUGGUGGAGCCGUACAUCGACGCCAUCGACGCGCUGGUGGCGGCGUGGCUGCCGGGGACGGAGGGGCAGGGCGUCGCCGACGUGCUGUUCGGCGACUACGGGUUCACCGGGAAGCUGUCGAGGACGUGGUUCCGGACGGUGGAGCAGCUGCCGAUGAACGUCGGCGACGCGCACUACGACCCCCUGUUCCCGUUCGGGUUCGGGCUCGAGACGCAGCCGCUGAAAGCGUAACUAGUUUCGGAAUAUGCACGCCUUCAUUUUCAUCUUGGUUAGGUAGUUUCCGCCCAUUUUUAAUUGAUCAUCACUUUUUUUUGCGGGUAUUUUAAUUGAUCCUCACUGUAGUAUCUAUCUAUCUAUCUGAGGACACUGAACGAAUAUGGGACACGACCUGGUGAUGCGAAGCUUUUCACCUUACUCGUUUCAGUGGAGCAAGUAGUUUUGAAGUUCGUAAGAUUAAAAUAAAAUUGU